UUUAGGGACCUCCCCGUGCAAAAUCAUGAAGUGCAACUCUGAGUUCCUGGCCGCCACGUCGGGGCCUCACCACCUGGGCGCCGAGGAGCCCCCCGAAUUCUGCACGGCCCUGCGCACCUACGCCCACUGCACCCACCGGACGGCCCGGACCUGCCGGGGGGACUUGGCUUACCACUCCGCCGUCCACGGCAUCGACGACCUCAUGGCUCAGCACAACUGCUCCAAAGAGGGGCCCACCGCCCAGCCCCGCCCCCGCCCCCCGCCCCGGGGGGACAGCCAGGAGCGCUCCGACAGCCCCGAGAUCUGCCAUUACGAAAAGAGCUUCCACAAGCACUCCCCCUCUCCCAACUACACCCACUGCGGGCUCUUCGGGGACCCCCACCUUCGGACUUUCUCGGACACUUUCCAGACGUGCAAGGUCCAGGGGGCGUGGCCUCUCAUAGACAAUAACUACCUGAACGUACAGGUCACCAACACCCCUGUCUGGCCGGGAUCCACGGCAACCGCCACCAGCAAGCUCACGAUCAUCUUCAAGAGCUUCCAGGAGUGCGUGGACCAAAAGGUCUACCAGGCAGAGAUGGACGAGCUCCCAGCGGCCUUCAUUGACGGCUCCCAAAAUGGCGGCGACAAGCAUGGGGCCAACAGCCUGAAGAUCAUCGAGAAGGUGUCAGGUCAGCACAUCGAGAUCCAGGCCAAGUACAUCGGGACCACCAUUGUGGUGAGGCAGGUUGGCCGCUACCUCACCUUUGCCGUGAGGAUGCCCGAGGAGGUGGUCAACGCCGUGGAGGACAGAGACAAUCAGGGCCUCUACCUCUGCCUGCGGGGCUGCCCACUCAACCAGCAGAUAGACUUCGAGGCCGUCCGCUCCGCCGCACAGGCUGCCGAAAGCCCGCCUCGGCAGAAAGGGCAGGCCUUCACUCACGACGCGGCCACGGCCAAAUGCCGGGAGAAGCUGCCGGUGGAGGACGUGUACUUCAAGUCCUGCGUCUUCGACCUCUUGACCACGGGGGACGUCAACUUCACCCUCGCGGCCUACUACGCCUUUGAGGACGUCAAAAUGCUCCAUUCGAACAAAGACAAAUUGCACUUGUACGGACAGUCCAGGAACGCGGCUCUCUCCCAGCGGCCUGUUCCCCUUUUCCUUCUCCUAGCCGUGCUGGGGUAUUUGAGCCACUUCUCGGCCAUUUUCCUAUAGGCCUUCACCUUGGCAGAGGCAACCACACACACACACACACACACACACACAAUGUCACUGUACUGGUACGAGCUGAGCCACCUGAGAGCGAAGGGUUUCUUCACCGCUCUGAGCGAGUCGUGGACCUCCUCGCGGUACAAAGUUUUUCUGGCGUUGUGACGCCUUUCCGCACGACUCGGACUCAUGUUCGCCACCUGCUCCGUUCCCUCCUGUUGCUAAGACUUACGGGAGACCCUUCCCCUCCCUUGCACCCCUUUUUUCUCUGCUUCAGACGGUUGUGGCGAUUGUGACUUUUGGCAUUUAUGUAAGCUGGGUCAUUGUCGGAGAGGCGGAGGUAGCCAACGUUGCCAGAAAGGAGCGGCGGUAUCACAGCUGCACGAGGUGGCGUCGAAAGACCAGUGGGGCAGGUCUUCCCAGCACGGGCUGCUCAAUGCCUCCCCUCCCUGGGUGGUUAGAUUUUUCCUUUCUCGGAUGCAUCCGUGGAUUGUCUCCGGGAAGCAACGUCUGCACCUGGCGAUAUGCCUCACACGUGUUCCUCCCUCCUCACGCAUGCAGAGCAUGCCCUUACACAUUUGUAAUGGCUGCUGGUGUACCCCCCAACACCUGUGUUCUCCCUGGUGCGGCUGCGGGCAGCUGCCUAGGCACAGUUGGGCACGGCAAGUAUGUGGGGAUCUGCCCCUUUCUCCCAUCUUCAGUCCAGAAAGAUUUGGGGCGUGGGAGAUCUGGUUUGCGGGAAUCUAUUUCUUCCUCUAGCAGGGCCUUUGCUCUUUGGGUAAGGAAAGGAUGUGAUUGGGGUUGCUGAUAUUUUCUGUCGCCCUCCUCCACUAGGAGUGGCAGCAGAAGAAAAAUAAAGGGGGGAAACGAACACUGCCAGCCUCAGUGCUGGUUCGUCACAUAUGGGUACAACCCGGAAGUGAUAACGGGUACCUCUAGGGAUCUCCGGAAACUCUAUAGUAAAAUUAUAAAGUUUCCGGCGAUUCCUAGAGCUACCCUUUAUCACUUCCAGCUUGUACCUGGAAGUGAUGUAGCGAUGUCAGUGACAUCACACGCCGCCCCCAUGUCCUUUCCUCCCCCUUGUUGCCUGGCAGCCCUGGGCAUAACGGCAAUAGGGAAGAGGUCCACUUUUCCCAAGGGAGCCCCUUUGCAGCGCGGCAGAUUUUGGCCUUGCCCAAAGGCACGCAGCACUCCUGUCCCUGCCUCCUUUCCUGCCCUCUCCUUCUAACCCCCACCUCUCACACUCAUUCCAGUACUCUCAGGAUACACUAGGCCAGUAUUCCAGUGGUGUAUGCUACUUCUUUUAAUUUUGACCUUGCACAGCAAACAGAGGUGGAGAUUUUCUUCCUGGGGGGCUCUCCAUGGAAACAUGACAAGGGCUCCAAACCCUAUCUCUCCCCCCAGUUUUUUUGUUCGCGCUCUGGAGAACUUCUUUACUCAACGAGUCAUUGCGGAAUUCACUGCCUGCAGGUUUUCAUGAACGAUGGGGUUAAAAUUGGCUGGGCAUGCAUUGAACCUUCAGAAGCCGUGUGAAGGGGGAUGCAAGUCUUCUGAAGUCACCCAUUCCUUUUGACAUGGGGCGUUUCCGCACUCUCUUUUGCCUCCCUUGUGUGUUCCUGUUUCUUCAGGCUUUCUGCAUGUGUUUUGCUCCCUCUAGUGGUCAGUGUGAUAUUACGUCACGUUAUGUCCAGCAUAAAAACCUGCUGUUUAAAUUUGCAGGGAGAUACGCUUCCCUGACUGUUCCCUGGAAGGCCAGAUAAUGAAAC